AUGUCGUCUAAUUCAGGGCCCGAAGGCCCCACGGAGCAGCCGCCGGCUCAGGCCGCCGGCACGACUGCUGCCUCUGUCGAGGCCAAGAUCACAACUCCUGAGCUCGACCUUCCCAAAUUGCAGGCCUUGCCCGCGGAGCAGCAAGAGCUUUUCUUGCUCUCGUUCGCAUCAGACCUAAAAAGACAUGUCCUGGGCUUGGUGGCCGACGAUUGCACAGCUCAGCAGGUUUACGUCAAGAAGGAGGUCUUCCAAAUCAUCAAUCUAGCAUCCCCGGCGCCGUCUCGAGUAAUACGGAACAAUUUGGGCAAAUGCUUAGCUCACGUAUUCCGCAAGGGAGAUCGAAAAUUGCUUUUUGAGACGAUAAACGACUUGCUCUCGAUAAUAUCAGGGACCAAGGGAAAGUCUGAUGGCGAGACUCGCUCUAAGCAUGCCGCAGUGUCUUGUCUUGGUGAUGUCUUCGCAGCCGCUGGCGGUAGUGCGAUCGGUUUACAUCAAAUAGCUUGCACCACCUUGCUAAAACUGUUGAGGUCUGCCUCUAACAACGCCGGUCUGCGUGCGGGUGUCCUAAAUGCUCUCGCUAAACUCGUCGCAACGGUCCAGGGCAGCAUGGACGAAAGCAUAUCACGCGACAUAUGGAAACAAGGACGGAAUCAUGCUGCUUCAGAUAAGGGCAUGCUUGUGGUGGCGUCUGCAUGCCGCUGUCUCAAAUCUCUGGUCAAAUACACUUCUUACUUUCGCAAUUCGGCUGAUCUUGAUAAGCUGGAGACUGCAAUCUUCAAGUCUGUCGACUCGUCUUCUGUCCAUGUUCGCCAGGCGGCAGCCGAUUGCUUUGCCGAGGCAUUGGUGCAAGGCUACACUUCAACUGGCAACGGUGAUGUAUCCAGGAGCAAAAAGACGAAGCCGAAGCCGAAGCGCUCCUCUCCGCAUCCUGGAAUAGCGAAUAUUAAUGAAGACGAGGACGACCUUCCGCCAAGAUCAGCAAGCCCAGCCGCUGGCGGGAAGCGUGCUCAGGACUUGGCAUUGUCUGUGCCCGAUAUGCUCAAGAUCCUGUCAAGCCAAUUCGUCAAGCAAAGUGCAUCCAAUAAAACCCGUGCGGCGAUUGGUGUUUGCUACGGAAAGCUGUUUCGUCGACUGGGGGAACGGGCAGUCCUCGCCAAGUAUCUGCAAAUUGUUGAAAGCUUGUCGACCGAGCUUCUGGGACACCCAACCAUAGCCAACAAUCGAUAUCGCCUUUUGAUUUCUCGAAAGAUAGUUGACACGGUGCUUUACGAUGUUGUUGGACGACAGAUUCUCGGCGAGUCCGGACAGAUUAGCGCGGCUGAGGUCCUUGUCAACAGCAUCCUGAAAAACUAUCCGCAGGCCCUCGCAGAGCGUCCCGAACCCUCCAAACAGUUGCUUAUUAUAGCUCUGCGAGCCGUAGCAUCCCUCCUCACGUCGCUUGGCUCAGCAUCUAACAGGUUCGCCGAAUCUUGCCGGGACGGACUACUGCAAGCUCUUCAGCAUCCCAGCUACUCUGUUCAGGUAUAUGCUUCUUAUUGCCUGAAGACUUUUGUUCUUGCCUGCCCUCAACAGCUUCUCCCGUGUCUUUCUGUGUGCAUGAACAGCCUUGCCCGCGAACUCUCGCUUCUCCACGGGGGACGAAAUUCACCGAGACGAUGUCUUGGAUUUGCUCAUGGGCUGUCAGCUACUCUCAGCACUAGCUCCGCUCGACCUCUUUACGGAUCUGUGGACAUAAACAGCCGUGUUCUGACCAUGGCCACAAAUUUACUCAAGUCGAGCAGCCAGUCAGAGCUGCGUAUUUCCAGCAUUCAGAUCCAGGUCGCUUGGAUUCUCAUUGGCGGUUUAAUGUCUCUCGGUCCAAAUUUUGUCAAAAUCCACUUGUCACAGCUUCUGCUUCUGUGGAAGAAUGCGUUACCAAAGCCCCUCGCGAAGGAUAAUACGUCAGCCAGAAGUCUCCUCGAAGCUUCAUUCCUGACUCAUGUGCGAGAGUGCGCCCUUGGCUCCAUCAUGUCAUUCUUGGAGUUUAACAGCCGCUUGUUGACAGUUGAUGUAUCAAAACGCAUUGCCGCCAUGCUCCAGAGCACGACAGCUUUUUUGAAGACCUUGCCAUCCAAAAAGACGACGGAGGACAUAUCGCAGAGGCUGACCCCCGCUCUCCAACUUUAUGAUCUGGAUAUGAUGGUUCAGCGCCGAGUACUGCAAUGCUAUAUCAAACUGGUCAACCUGAGUCCUGCUGGCGGCAGUGAAGCUCUCUUGCAAUCGAACCUGCUCACUCUAGCCAUUUCACUCUUUGCGGACCCAGAGAACUAUACCCCUAGCUCCCUCAGUGCGUCUAUUGCCAACGCAGCUGGUACGUUUGACUCGAUAUGGGACGUUGGCGACAACUCUGGCUUUGGAAUUACUGGCUUGGUUUCCGGGUUCAACGUGAAGCAACUACCUGGUCAGCAUGAGUCAUCUAGUGGGACCGGAAAUGAAGUCGAAAGCCCAGAGGAUUCUAUUAACAACUUAUUGAAGUCUCCCGUGUGUGGAAGUCUCGAACAUGACGCAUCGAUGCUGUACAUUGGCGGCGUGGGUGAUGCUUCGAUUCUUCCAGAUCCACCAGCUACAGAAGUUAUCAACAAUGCUAUUCAACUGUUCGCCUUUACGUUUCCUCUCACGCCGGCCAAGGUACAAGAGAGUGUCCUGGAACAGAUAAAGACGUUCACUUCUGCUGGUUUGCUGCAAAGAGAUCCUGGUCGCAAGGCUGCUAUCAGCGUCAACGUUUCUCUUGCCCUCCUUUCGAGCCUGAAGGUAGCUGUCAAAGAAACUCAAUCUCCUGCGGGAAAUGUCUCAAACCUGGCUGUAGAGCGCUUGUUGCAGGAUAUUAUUCGAGACUUUGUUCUGGAUCAAGACCAGUACGUCCGCAGUCUAGGGUAUGAAUCUGUUGCACGGCUGUGUAAUGUAUACGGCAAUGCAUUUACCAACCAGGAAAUCAAGUAUCUCGUCGAUACUAUUGUUGGCAACCGAGAACCCAGUGCAAGAGCCGGGUGCGCAAUGGCACUUGGUACCAUCCAAACCAAGGUCGGUGGCAUGGCUGCUGGAUAUCACUUGAAAACUAUACUUGGUAUCCUGAUGUCUCUAUGUAACGACCCUCACCCGGUCGUUCACUAUUGGGCUCUUGAAGCUCUGUCGUUGGCUUCAGAUGCCGCUGGGCUUAGCUUUGCAAGUUACGUUCCGAGCACAUUAGGAAUGCUGGCCCAACUAUAUGUGUGGGAAACGCAUCAUGCUGAAGUUUCCUCGGCCAUCACUAUGAACCUUGAAAUGGAACUUCCGACCAUCGCAGCGGUAGCGAAAUGUGUUGAUUCUCUCGUCAAUGUACUAGGCCCCGAUCUGCAAGACGCGAACAAGUCCAGAGACCUCAUAUUUACACUCGUCAAUCAACUCCAGGAAGAGGACGACGUUCUCGUUGAGAAGGCCGCUUUGAGUUGCCUCGAACACCUGUCUCUCUAUGCACCUGGUCAGAUGCGAUUCGCUGAGUAUGUAAGAUUGCUCCAGAAGUAUCUCCAGUCUGAGAAUGCAACCCUUCGGGAUAUCUCAGUGGACGGCCUACACAAUAUAAUGAAACUGGAGCCACUUGACGUGCUCAGAGAGGCCGAGAAUGGGUUCGAGGAGCAGUUAUGGCUAGUUCUCGACAGUGUACCAAGCCACGACGGUGUCAGAAAUAUCAUACGAAACUGGAUGUACCAAUCAUGCAUUUCUGAAACCAAUGAGUGGCUGCACAGGUUCCAGACGGUCUUGAAAAUGACAAGAGCCAAGAAGGAAGAGCAUGGUGAAGUCAGACCAGCAGGUGGAGUUCCCGAUCUUCAAGACGAAGAAGUUGCCGGAUUUGCAGCCACCGUAGGUGGUGCCCAGGAGAGCAAAGACAAUUCUGCGCCGUCGGAGGCCGAACCACUGCGGUGGCAAGUUAGGACAUUUGCGCUUGGUUGUAUAACCGACAUAUUUGCCAUUGUCGCCAAGGAUGUUGCGGCAAACGGAGAAUCAGCAGCGCAGCUGGCGUUGCAAAACAAGGUUGCUGAUGUAGUCCGUAUCGCUUUCUCAGCUUCUACUUCUAAUGUGCUGGAGCUGCGAAUAUGGGGACUGAAGAUAAUAGGUGCUGUGCUCCGGAUGUUCGGGAAGACACCCGACCCUGACUUCGAGGAAGCUAUGCUUCUGGAACAAUAUCAAGCUCAAAUCAGCUCGGCCCUGACACCAGCAUUUGCGGCAGAUUCCUCGCCAGAACUGGCCUCAGAGGCUGUAAACGUUUGUGCGAGCUUCAUAGCUAUUGGUAUCGUUACAGAUGUGGACAGAAUGGGCCGAAUCCUGAAAACUCUCGUCACUGCCUUGGAGAACUUUUCCCAUGAUCAAGAGAACGCGGGGAUUGGGGAACUGAAGGGACUCAGCAGCAAUGCGCAAGUGAUGGUCAAGAUAUCCGUAUUCUCCGCCUGGGCAGAAUUCCAGGUAGCCAGCAGUGAGCAAAAGUAUCUAAUGGAUGUUCUGAAGCCUCACAUCGGAACUUUGACUCCACUUUGGCUAGAAUCACUACGCGAGUUCGCUCGACUUCGAUUCGAACCCGACAUUUCCAUGACACUGGGGCCACCAUCUCUUUCCGGGAGCUUAGACACGAUUUAUGCGGCCUUGAAUCGAGAGACUUUACUUCGGUUUUAUCAAGAGUCGUGGCUCAAGCUUGUCGAUGCAAUCGCCAGUCUCAUUGAACAAGAUAGCGAGUUCGUUUUUGAUGCUCUGGACGGCAAAGAGUCCCGAGCUCGGGGAACCAACGGUGACCCCAAGAGCCCUGCUAUCAACUACCGAGACGAGCCUGUGGCAUUUUUCUUCGUGCUCUUUGGGCUUGCAUUUGAGGCUCUCGCCAUCAGGCCAGGCCAGGCGGACUCGCUCGCCACGAGAGAGCAGGCCUUGGAUAUCCUGAAGGCUUUGAAGAAGAUUUUGCAUCCCAGCGUGUCCGGCCACGCCAUUUACAGACCCGACGUCUUUGCCGAAACCAUGGACUUGCUGGAUCGUCUGGUUCUCACCGAGGGGCUAGAUAUUCAGAGCGUCAUCGUUGACAUAGCGCGAGCACUCUGUGUAACACACCCAUCCGCUCGAAGGCAGUCAGAGGAUGAAGGCGAUCUCUCCGAAGACAUAGAUCAGCUUUUUGAGCUGACGCGAAUCAUUGUAUUGGUUUUGUCUGGACUUCUUCCCAAUCUCUCCGAAGGUAACCAACCUGUCCGACAUCAGAUGAACGAAGAGGCCGUCGUCCUCGUUCGUAAUUCUUUAGAUGCUCUUGUGGACGCGGCCGAAGUCUUUCCGUCAAUCAUUAAGACAGAUCUUCACGCAUGCAUCAUUCACAUCUUCGCCACGAUUCUUGCCACUCCCUCGUGUCAAGAUGUGAUUGUUCCCCAAUCACUAGCCAUCUUGAAGCGAUUUGUCGCCAGCGCGGCUUCAACAGCCCGCGGGGAUGACGACAAUUUACCGCCUCAAGCACAAAUUCAGAGCUGCCUUGGUCGCUUCUUGUCGAUAUACCUGAACGCACAGAAGCGAGAGGAACCGACUCCUUUGGCAUGCAUCAAAAACAGUUUGCUUGCCACGACCAUUCUGCUUGCCAGUGGAAAGAAUCAGUUGCCCGCUAACCACCCACUCGUCGCACGAUAUCUUGACGAGCUGCUCGACUGUCUGACUGAUCGAAUGACCGCCAAGAUUGCCGCCAACUGUAUCCGAUCUCUGCUUCUACAAUCGUCGCCCACAUCGGCGGACUUGAGCAUAGCUCGCUAUCUUUUCCCCAGACUGGUCACCUUUGUCACAAACGUGGAGCCAGAAGACCCGGAAGGAGCCCGUUCCCUCGUAUCCCACGCUCUCUGCCUCUAUGUCGGGAUGACUCCCCAGGGUCGUGUCCCCGCAGCAAUGGGCUUGGUCAUACCAGCCCUGAUGACAAGGGCAGCUGGCGAGGGCGAAGAGAUGUACCGAGAAAUAAGCACAAGGCUUCUAGAGCUUGUGGCUGUCGAUCACGCGGCGUUCAAGGCGACAGUUGGGGCGAUGAAUAGCGGUCAGCGAACCUUUUUGGAAGAAGUUAUUCGUUCCGGGCAGCAAUCAGGAAGCGAAGCGAAUGCAUCAUCUGCCGGCGAGGCCGGCCGACCGAGUAUCACUCUCAAGAUGGACUUUGGCGGCUAG